UCGUAAUCACGUGAAGUCGUUCAGCCGUUAUUCGUUGUCUGUCUGUCUAUCUGUCUGCGGUUAGAUAUCGGUUCUUUAUUUUGCUACCGGUGCGUAAUUUGUUAAUGGGCAGGUGGUUCUAAGCUCUAAGAUAAGCACAACACAAACUGUGGUGAUAGUUCUGUUUCGUUCUACUUUCGACCCGAAAUUGGGUGCAAUCAAUCAAUCCGGUGGAAAAUAAUAUCAAAGUGGAGAAACCGUAGGAUAUUGGUCUGACGCCCAGUAGAUAGUGUGGCCGUUAGUUACAAAACAGUGCAGUGUAGAAUUGCUUACUUGUUGGCGUAGAGAGUAAAGAAGUUCUUGUUUUGUUGAUACAAAAUACGAAAAGUGCUUAGUUUGUGUGUUUUUCAACAGUGUCAUCUACAGUAACAUAUACCGGGAAAAGGGUUUAUACUACUAUGCGGUUUAACGUUUCGUAAAAAGUGCCUUGCGUGGUUUUAUAGAGAUGUGAAAUGCGAAUUUAGUGGUUGUUCGUUUAAAAACAACUUUGUGUAUUCAAGAUCUAGCAGCGGACGUAAACUUUACCUUUUCUAGCUAUUCAAGAAUUUCAAUAUUGGAAGGAGAACGAUAUUAGGCAUAACAGAUCUUCCCCAUUGUACCAUUAUUGUAGCAGCAUUUAAACAAACACAGAGAUAUGGCAAAUUUGAUCACAGUUCGUCUGCAGCGCGGAGAGGGACAAGCGUGGGGAUUCCGUCUCCAGGGUGGCAAGGAUUUCUCGUCUCCACUGGUGCUGCAACGGGUGAACGUCGGAAGUGUAUCAGAUCAAGUUGGCUUGAUGCCGGGCGAUGCACUGGUUAAGGUCAACAACACCGAGGUAUUCAAUCUCCGACACAAGGAAGCUCAGGACGUUAUUGUUGCGGCAGGAAAUUCCUUCGAACUCACAGUUUCCAGAGGACAAGUCUGGAGACCUUCAGUGACACCAACCGGUUCGAUUCCAUCGCCGUCGCCGUCGCUUCCCGGAAACAUUACUCCGGUCACGAAAACUUCGCUGGCUGCUACCCCGCAACCUGUUCAGCACAUUGGCAGCGGACACAAUCAAGCUGCUAAACCGUUCCCCGCGGCUGCAGCCCCGCAGCAGCAGCAACAGCAGCCGCAAGUCAACGGCAGUGAAGGUCCCAUUAAGAGCAUCGUCAACAAGCAAUAUAACACUCCGGUUGCCAUGUACAGUGACGAGACCAUUGCUGAAACCCUGUCUUCGCAGGCUGAGGUUCUUGCUGGAGGUGUUCUAGGUGUCAACUUCAAGAAAAAUGAGCGUGUCUACUCUCCAGCCAAUUCCGAAGUCUACAAAUUGCUGCACGAGCAAGGCAACGAACCGGAACCAGUCGAUCAACCCGCCACGCCAACAUCGCCCACAGUCCAACAGCAACAAAAGCAGCAACAGAGUCAGCAUCACCAGCAGCAGCAGCAGCAGCAACAAUUUCAACAGCAAAACAAUACCUCGACCGUCACCAGACACGUCAUGGCUCCGGUUGAUAAACCGCUGGCGCCCGCCGCCAAUGGCCUUCCGGCGGGUCAGAACAUUUGCAAUUCGUGUGAUCGUCUCAUUGUUGGCGUGUUCGUGCGCAUCAAGGACAAGAACCUACACGCUGAUUGCUUCAAGUGCGCCACCUGUGGAACGUCGCUCAAAAACCAGGGAUAUUUCAAUCUGAACAAUAAACUGUACUGCGACAUCCACGCCCGGCUGGCGGCCCUCCAAAGCCCGCCGCCCGGUACCAACGGAAUGGUUCCGAUCGCUAUCAUCAAACCUGGACAGAAGUCUGGAGUCCAAGCCAUCUCAGCUGCUCUCAAUGCGCACGCCAAUCUGAACGGUCGCUCCCAGUCGCCAUACGCCAAUAACCACGGGCAAACGAACAGCAACGGAAGCAGCAGCGCUCAGUCUCCGUCGCAUUCCCGAUCGAGCAGUACGACUUCGUCGAGCGGAUACUGCAACUCGAACUCCCUCUCGCCGGUCCAGUCGAACAAAGUGUCCCCACUGCACUCGCGUACCAGUAGUGAGAACGAACUGAUCCUCGAGCCGUCGACCAACGGGACCGCAAAGUCCACCACCUUCACAACGCAGUGCGAAAUCAGUUUUCCACCGCCGCCGCCACCUCCAGCUUUUACGUUAUAUAGCAGCAUGGAAAAUCCGGAAACGGUGGAAUCGUUUCAACAGCAGCCUCCAGUUGAGACAGUCGAUCCGGGCGCGUUCGGUCCCAACGGACUGGCCGUGGCCCCGGAACCGACUGCGGACUCAACGGAUGCUGCCGAAAAUGGAACGGCGGUUACGCAAAACGAAUAUGGAUUUUUCUACAAAACCAUCGGGGGAGCAGUCAUUCGGAGUGUGUUCCCACCUGGAAGUAACUCAAAGUAUAAGAAUCAGAACAACAUUACACCGAAACCAUUCGGUGCCCCGCUGCCGGUAAGUUCGCUGGCUCAGGUCCAGCCACCGGCAUCCUACCCGCCGGUAGCCGGAAGUGUACCGACACCGUUCGCUGCCGCCAUCACCGGUCAAGCACCAGCACCAGCCCCAGCACCGGUACCGACCUUCGCAGCCCCGCCACCGGCAGCUUCGUAUCCACCGGUGGCCGCUCCCGCACCGGCCCCCGUGGCGGCUCCUCCAGCCGGGGCAACUCAAGAGCAACCGCCGGAUGCAGAACAACCGGAUUACGACGACAUAGAACAGGUACAAAAACCAGCCGAAUCUCCCGCCCCAACCUUUAUCUGGCCUCCGAAGCGCAUCGAGGAUGAAACCAUCCCCACAGCCACCCCCAUCUAUGUUCCGCCACCAGAAACCCAGAAAGCAGUCGCUAAACAACCGAUAAUGGUGCCUCCACCACCGAAGGCAAAGGAGAAAAGUAAAUCUCCACCAGAAAAAGUGGUCGAACAGGAUGAUAAAACGGCGACGAAGAGUGUACAAAGCAAAUCGGCUCCGGAACUGAGCAGAAGAAAAAGUGAUACCCAUUGCCAGCCGCUGGAGGAAGAAAGCUACGAAACAUACACCGCGACCACCACUUCGACUUCGGCUUCCUCCGAAGAGUAUCGAAUGUAUUCGACGCAGACGUCACAACCGAUCGUGACGUACUACGACACACCGAUUAUCGAAAUGGAGUAUCCUUUUUCGUCCGGCCAACGCAGUGCUCAAGCCAGUACCGGAGUCAUGUCGGACGCCUCGUACACUCAUUUUGUUUUUCGUGAUACUCCUCUGCCGGAAUCGGUCGAACCAUCCAUAGAACCGUCCGUAGCUCCAGAACUGCUCGUAGAACGAGCCAAGUCUCCCGUUAGUCGUGAAACGAAGCAACAAAAACGUGUUGAGUUUCUCGAUUACAGCAAAGAACUGGCGCGUUUCCUCAAAGCCGAAGAGGAUGCCAAACAGGCGGCUGAGCGGCAAAAUCAGGUAGAUAAUGAAGAAGUCGUCGAAGAGUUCAUAAUUCCGCAUUACGAACUUCCAUUAAUCAAAUCACCUCAUCCUGGGGCUAAUAUGCCUAAAAAAAUUGUUCCAAAUCCCGUUCCCAAGCAGUGGCAAAGCAAACUGGUGCAGGCCCUGUGCACCGCUCCGAACGAACCGAUCCACCUGACGGACGAACAAAUCGAGGAAGCCAACUUCAUGAAAUCUCGCAACGAAGCAUAUGUACGGGAACAAGAGGAAAAUAAAAUGCGGCAACUGGAGGCUCUCAAGAGACAAGUAGACGCCCUGGAACGCCGCUUGGCAAAGAAAACCAAAGAACCCGAACCGGAACCUAUUCCGUAUCCUCUUCUGGAGAUCCCGCGGAAAGGUUCGGUAAUGGCAAAGAUUCUUGCCAAUUCAACCACCAAAUCGGAGCGAUUCCCCAAAUAUCUUCCCGCACCAGUGGUUCCACUUCCCCCAGAUUCCGCUCCGUACUUCCCGCCUCCUCACACGAUGGAACCGAUUCGAAGCGAAAAAAUUUCAUCCAUGCGCGCCUCACCCUUCUUGGAAGCAUUGACUACAGCUCCUUAUACUCCGUUUCAGAAAUUUGGUCACGAAAUACCUUCACAGAUGGAAAAUAUGCCGGUGCCGUCUGGUCGAAUAUCGAUGACCGAUGCACUGGCUACGGCCCCACAACGGCCCUAUACACCGUUCACUGAGGUCAAAUUCGAACGAUCCGAUAUGUAUCAGAAGCUACUGAAGGAACAGCCUUCGAUCCAAGUCGAUCCGGAUAGCAACUUUUCUGCGUUUGCCAGUGUAGGCGGUAAUCGAUCGCCUGUUCCGUUCAAACCGAUCAUGCCGGAAAUACGACGUGAGUCGAUUAAAGAACCGGAACCAGAACCAGAACCUGAGCGAACGCAAGAGCCCGAACCAGAACCGGAACCAGUUGUCGAGAAGAAACAGGAAAUACCCAGGGGGAAGGCACCACCCUAUCCGAGGAAAGAUGCCGGUUCGGACCAUUACUCUCUCGCUCCACGUCGAGAAUCUAAGUCACCACUGAAUCAUCCGGCUGAAAUUCCAUCCUAUCAACGUAAGUGGUACAACUUGCCGACGCAAAAUCCACCGCACACUCCGGAGCCGGAGGAACUUCGCCAAAACGUCCCAUUGGCAUUUGUAGAUACUCAUUCUAAAUCUCACCUAGCAAAGCCCAUCGCGCAGCCUGUAAAUAUUAAAGAUCAAGUAAGGCUAAAGAAAACGCAACCGUUCACAACCAUUCAAAACCGUACAAUCCCAGUCAUACAGACGCCCCUGGAAGACGAUGCCGAGUUGGCACAGUACAACAAUGCCCAUCUGCGGCUUCAAGCCAAGGGAGUAAUCGACCGCGGUCAGUCGUUCACUCCGUCUCUGAUUCUAACGAAGCAUCCGACCGCGAUACCUUACUAUCAGCAUCAGUUAGGCUUCGAAGAAUACUUUGCGGAGUCGAAAGAGUUCGACGGUCGACGUACUCCGCAGCCGGUUCGCAGGUCGCCGGCCUUUGGGCCACCUCCUAAUCCGUUAAAGGCACAUGUUCCGCCGUCACGUGAGGGCAUCCCCGUCGAAUCGGGACUGUAUUUGUCAAUGGGUAAGCUGCACGGUGUUCCUUGGUACACCAAUAAAGAUCAUAUUCCGGCAGAUAUCCAACAGAAGAUGCAAGUGCAACAACAUGGCCUGGGUGGAGGGUACGAUGCCACUCGGCAGCAUCGGGCCGUCAGCUAUCAGGAGAAACCGAUGACCGUCCGUACGGAACAGCGUAACGACAUGACCGUUCAGACCCGCUCACAGGAAAGUGCAUUGAGAGAGCAAACGUCGUCGGAAAGAACCAUCGCCAGCGCUAGUCAGGUAGGGAAUGCUUUAAUCCAAAAGCGCACUAGAAUAGUAGAAGAACAUGAGCAUAUGCAGGCAGCCAAAACAAUUGAAACCGCUAAAUUUUCAACUAAAAUUAAGGAGGACGAAGCACCUCCGAAAGGGUUUGUAGCACAGCAGACUAGACGAUUCUCCGGCCAAGAUGACGCGUUGAAUGUUCCACCACAACUGCAGGAACAACCACCACAGAUGACAGAACAACCGGUACAGCAAUUGGCGCAACAGCAAUCCCAACUUCCACCCCAACCACAGCCCGUACAGUCGUUCCCACCUCCUGCCUUUCCAUCGGCACCUGCCAGCUUCCCGUCCACAUCCCUUUUCUCUGAGCCUAUUGUAGACAGAUUCCCCAGCAGAAGCGCGCGCAAAGCGAGCAUACUAUUGCCUAAAAUACCAUCUCGUUCACCAACACCGACUUCCGGAUUCAAAGCUCAAUUCAAUGAGUUCAUCGUUGGCGAAGGUGGGCUGCCUCCGCUACCGUUACAACGAGAGGACAAUACUAAAGAUCUAAUUCAGUCGUGGCCACCGCAACUACCAUCCUAUCUGUCUAACACUAACCCAACCGUCGGAGCACCGUCCUCUAUGAAGCCACCGCUGCCUUCAGCAUCCGCACCAACGGCUCCGGCAGCAUUAAAUGGCCACUGGCCUUCCAUUAACAACAGCAGCAUUGGCUUCAGUAGUAAUAACCGUGGAAACAGUCAAACCAAUAAUACUGAUCGAUCUGAUGCUAGCGCAGGUUCCGGCGCAUUGAACAAGGGACGGGCUGCCUGUUCCACCACUGCUCCCACCCGUGGACGCGGUGUUUUGAACAAAGCUGUCGCCCCUGGUGGCCGAGUUCCACUGUGUGGCUGCUGCAACCAGCAAAUCAGAGGACCCUUCAUCACCGCACUCGGCCGAAUCUGGUGCCCCGACCACUUCAUCUGUCAUAACGCCAACUGCAAGCGUCCGCUCGCCGAGAUCGGAUUCGUCGAGGAGAAAGGAGACCUGUAUUGCGAAUACUGUUUCGAAGAGUUCCUGGCUCCGGUGUGCAGCAAGUGUAACAACAGAGUGAAGGGUGAUUGCCUGAACGCAAUCGGCAAGCAAUUCCACCCGGAAUGCUUCAAGUGCACCUACUGCGGUAAACUGUUCGGCAAUAGCCCAUUCUUCCUGGAGGAAGGCGAUCCCUACUGCGAGAACGAUUGGAAUGAACUUUUCACCACCAAGUGCUUCGCCUGUGGAUUCCCCGUCGAAGCCGGCGACAAAUGGGUGGAAGCUUUGAACAACAACUAUCACAGUCAGUGCUUCAACUGCACCAGCUGCAAAAAGAACCUCGAAGGACAAAGCUUUUUCGCGAAGGGUGGUCGCCCGUUCUGUAAAAAUCACGCCCGUUAAAAACAGCACGCAGGGCUUUUGUUGGUGUAGAGGAAGAAAAAGAGUAUAGAAAGAAUCGUCUGUUUUAAGUUUUUUUUAACUGUUGCACAUAACUUCUUCAUAUUUUAAAAACACUAAACAAUCGUAGUUUUUUAACAGAGCCCGAUAAGUGGAGAGUACUUAUCAGUAACACGUUCGAAACCAAAAAUUUAUCAAUCAAAAAAUAAACAGAACACUCAUACACAAGCAACAUCCAUACACAUACCUUUGAUACAACUGGAGGUCAUCCCGAACAAACGAAAAUCAUUCAUUCAUCAGUUAAGAACAGCAUUAAAAGCAAACAUCAUCAUCCUAAACUAAACCGUUCGUUCGUAACGUAUGCGAAAAAGGUGGGAUGGGAGACAAAGCUCAUCCACAGUUCUAUAGAAACUCUUCAAGUUCAGGUUUUCGCAUGAAAGCUUUAUGUGUUUGUCUGCAUUCACCGCGCAAGUGCCUCGGCGCUGCAAGCAGCUGAGAGACGAUCCACAGCUUUAAGAAAGUAAACGAGUGAAACAUUUCAUCCCACAUGGGAUGAAAUGUUUCACCGGUUAAUAACGGCUAUAGUUUUCUUCAGUCAUUGGAAGAGAAUUUUUUGCAGUUUGAGAACCUCUGUAAAGGCAACGAAAAAUGUUCACAUUUCAUCAUCCUAAAAGUUAUGUGGAAAUAUGAAUGUCAUAUUACUGUUAUUUAGGUUAAUGCGGUUGCCAUUAGACCAGAGCAAAGGCAACACAAAAACAGAUCCACUUCAGCACGGAAAGUUAGUAGAGUUAGAUGAACCAUUAAGAGAGGAAAAAUAUUUACAUUUAGUCGAUGAAAUUUACUAUGAAAAAAAAGUCUACUUCAUUAGUCUCGUUUCUACUUCUUGGUAAAACCGAUAAGAAGAAAGUUAAAAAAUGAACUUAUGUCCAAAAGUUUUGUGUGUGAUAAAUUGUAAAAAAAUCGUUUUUAUUUUAUUUUUAUUUAAACAUAUUACUGCAGUAGUAAAAGAAGAAUAGUAAUAGAAGAUUUUAUUAUUUGACUGGAGAAAAAUCGCAAAAACAAAGAGAGGAGCUAUUCUAGGGACCGCAUUGCUGACAUCGUUGAGAGUAGGACGCUUUAUUUUUACAAUUCAGAUUAAUAUCUUACGAUAAAAUUUGGAAGCAAAAUCGUAAGAACAGCUGAUGUAUAAUUGAACGCGCGGAAAGGCGAGUUACGAUAAUAAACUAUUAC